GCGAGGCCAGCGGGCUAACUGCUCGCAAUUCGAGUUGCGCCUUUGAUCGUACCACAACUGCACCCGGGCCACCGAAAACCACCGGAAGAGAAAUAAUCCUCCAAGAUGAAAGCCUCACUAGCUCUAGUGUUCUGUGUUAUUGUCGGUCUUGCGGCCGCCGCCCCUGAAAAAACCUACACCAACAAGUACGACAGUGUCAACGUGGAUGAAGUUCUGACCAACAACCGAGUGUUGGGUAAUUAUCUUAAGUGCCUGAUGGACAAGGGCGCAUGCACACCAGAGGGCCGUGAACUGAAGCGUCUUCUACCCGACGCCCUGCAUUCCGACUGCUCAAAGUGCACGGAGGUCCAACGCAAAAACUCACAGAAGGUAAUCAACUACCUUCGCGCCAACAAAGCCGCCGAAUGGAAGCUGCUCCUGAACAAGUACGAUCCCCAAGGCAUCUACAGAGCAAAGCACGAGGGACACUGAGCGCUUUGCUCGUCCAGCAUCUGCAGCCAAAUGCACUCAUUUCACAUGAACCUAAUUUAAACCUGAGAUCCACAGUAAAGAUUUUAGUUUUUUAUACUUAAA